CAGACACAUCAACAUGUCUGCCUGAGGACAGACUGCUCUCUGGGCAUCCUCUUCAUGUUAACUUGAUGUUGAUGUUAAAGGGGUUUCCUCGUCAUCUAUAAAGCUCAAGAUACAGAGAAAUAAACUGAAUCAGGCAUCUAGCAUGAGGUUUGUACAUACAAGUGUCCGUGUUCGGCGGACUGCUGAACCUGAAGAACCAAAACCAGAACAUGAGCCACAUCCUGCUCCUCCAACACAUCACGACUAUGAAAACAUGAAGAACAAGUUCAUGAAUGAGCUGGAACAUCUUCCAUUGCCGGUGUGGGCUGUGGGAGCCAUAGUGCUGGUGGUUCUGGCUCUGGUGGUGUGUUUUACAUACUGUAUGUUCAAGAAAUGCUUUGGCAAGAAGAAGAAAUCCAAGAAAGCUCGUGAGAGGAAGAGAGCUGGACGAAAACGAACAGAAGGGGCUGCAGGAGAGGGGGAAGGAGAACAAAAGGUUGAAGCAGAGAAAAAGGAGGGUGAGGAACAAAAAGAAGAGCAGGAGAACUUGGGAAAACUGGAAUUCUCUUUGGAUUACAACUUCACUGAUGCUCAGUUGAUAGUUGGAGUUCUUCAGGCUCAAGAUCUUCCUGCGAUGGAUAUCGGUGGCACGUCUGACCCUUAUGUGAAAGUUUACCUGCUUCCAGACAAGAAGAAGAAGUUUGAGACCAAAGUGCAGCGCAAAAACCUCUGUCCUGUUUUCAAUGAGACCUUUGUUUUUAAGAUUCCAUAUGCUGAGCUGGGUGGUAAAACUUUAAUACUUCAGGUGUUUGAUUUUGACCGGUUUGGUAAACAUGACGUCAUCGGCCAGAUAACGAUUCCUAUAAACAGUGUUGACCUCGCGCAGCCGCUGCACGAAUGGAGGGAUCUCGAAAAUGGAGAUAAGGAGGAGGAGAAACUCGGAGACGUCUGUAUUUCUCUGCGUUAUGUGCCCACUGCCGGUAAACUCACCGUUAACAUAAUGGAGGCCAAAAAUCUCAAGAAGAUGGAUGUUGGUGGUUUAUCAGAUCCCUAUGUGAAGAUGGUGCUACAGCAUAACGGAAAACGACUGAAGAAGAAGAAAACUACAGUUAAGAAGAACACAUUAAACCCUUACUUCAACGAGAGCUUCAGCUUUGAGGUCCCAUUUGAACAGAUACAGAAAGUCCAGUUGCUCAUCACUGUGUAUGACUAUGACAAGCUAGGCAGCAACGACCCCAUUGGCAAAACCUUCAUUGGUUAUGGUGCCACAGGUGUCGGCUUACGCCAUUGGUCAGACAUGCUGGCCAAUCCCAGGCGUCCGGUGGCACAGUGGCACACGCUGCAGCCAGAGGAAGAGGUGGAUGCUGCUCUGAAGGCACCGCAUCGCUAACCAUUGUCAUGGCAACAAGUUGCUACUGUAAUAUACACAGAGUUGUAACAGUCACAUCUAGGGCCAACAAUGAAACAUAUGCAGUACCUUUGGAAUAGAUUAAAAGGAAUAGUUCACCCACAAAAUAAAAUUCUGUCAUAAUAUACUCCCCCUCAUGUAGUUCCAAACCCCUACAAAAAUACUUUUUCAUCUGUGAAACACAAAUCGAGGAAGAAUAUUAGUGUCACAAAUCACUUUUUUUGAGUUCCAUGGAAGAAAGUCAUAGAGGUUUGGAACAACAUGAGGGUGUGUAAAUGAUGACAGAAUAUAGAUUUUCGGGUGAUAUAUCCUUAUUGCAUUGAUAGGAAUUGCAUGCAUCAGCUAUACUAUAGUGACGAAUGCUCUUUGCGAUUUAUGUUUCAGCUUAGUAGUGAAGAAAUAGAUUUUCCUUCUUUUUUUUUUUUUUUACUAUUCAAGGAAAUUUUGUGUUGACGUGAAAGUUGUCAUUUGUUGGGUAUUUCUAAAUGCAUGUUUUUAUGUUUUGAGUGGCUGUUUUCUCUCUUCAUGGACAUUAAGAUGGUAUUUAUUCUGUGUUAAUGACAUGAUGCUGAAAUGUGGCAUAUUUUGGUGAGUGCUAACCCAGUUUGAAGGCUUCAAUAUUUAAUAUCUAUGGUAAAUAUAAAAUGACAAAAAAUAUAAAAUGUUCUCCUACAUUUAAUUAUAGCUAUGCAAAUGGCAAAAGAUUGAAAAGUUAUAAAUAGAUUUGAAUU